AUGCCGAGGAAGAUUCUGGCCUAUGGACGCCCGGCCCUCCAGCAGCUCUCAGUGUUGCACCACGAGAUAGUGGCGCUUGUGAAAAGACUGGAGCUGACCCCCCAGGAAGUGCAGGAAAGGCAGGAAGCGGUUGGGAUCAUAAGAGAUGUGGCGCAGGAGGUCUGGCCGUACGCUCAGGUGAUUAUGUUUGGUUCUUCUGCCACGGGUCUGGCGCACUGUGGGAGCGAUCUCGACCUUGUCGUGUGCGGCUCCGAGACCCGGCGUUCGCGCAUGCCCCCCGUCCGGGAGUGGCUGUCGGCAAUGAAGGGCUGCCUCAAAGGCUGGCAGCUGUGCUCCAAGGUGGAGACGGUGCCAAAUGCCAAGGUCCCCAUCGUAAAAUGCGUCCUCCAUCAGCCAAAGCUCGCCGUCGACAUCGCCUUCUUUGUCAUGAACGGGCCGAACGCCGUGCCAUUCAUCCGGCAGCAGGUGCAGAAGUACGCACCCCUACGCGACCUCUGUCUGGUGCUCAAGUGCCUGCUGGGCCAGAACGGGCUGCAGGAAGUGUACACGGGCGGCAUCGGCAGCUAUUGCCUCCUCAACAUGAUCGUUGCGCACCUGCAGAAUACGGACCCCGCUUCUCAGCACGACCUUGGCACACUGCUGCUCGGGUUUUUGCGGCGCUACGACAUCCAGCAUAACUACGCUACGGAUGUUGUCGCCAUCAAGCCCGGAAUCCGCCGGAACAAGUUCAGUCGCAACUGGGUCUCACCGCAGGACCCAAACCUUUUAUCCGUAGAAGACCCACAGAAUCCAAGCCAGGACAUUGGGAAGGCCUCCUUCCGCAUUGAUGACGUCCGAGCCCUCUUCUCUCGUGUCCGCUAUGCGCUGGAAGCACAUUGGAACCGCCCGGGGCUCAUAAGAGAGGUCGUUGACAUUGACAGAGAUCGAAUGCACUUAGUAGACGGCCCGGUCCUCCACAAGGGCAACAAAAAGCGCAAACAGGGCCAUGCCCCGUGGCAGGGGGCUCCCGGUGGCCCUGCCGAGCCCCCCCCGAACAAGAAACGGAAGCAAAACGCCCCCGGGGCAACUCAGAACGCAAACCCCUUCCCUCCAGUCGCUGCUAAGAAACAGAAACUUGCCAAAAGCGGGGGACUGCAGUCCGCCAGGGAUUUGCACCUUAACAAGCAUAGUCAGCAGAAGGGCGUGUACGUAAACCCUCACGUUUGGGAUAAGAGCACGGAACAGCCAGCGAAGCGAAGCGCAUUUGAUGGGGGGGCUGUGGAGGCGAUGCUGAAACCGGUCAAGGGUGCGGGAACGCUGGACACGUGGCUUUCUUCCGGAAGGGCGGAAAGCAGUCCCGGGAUCGGAGUCCUAAAGGAUGGCAUUGGCGGGGGAACCGCAGUCCGCGUUACACCGAGACAGGAGGAGUGGAUGAGUGGUCCUGGCGGCAGCAGUGUGAACGGGCACCAGACUCUGCCGGGCUACCCCAGCAAUGGAGGCGCCAGUUCUUGGGCGGGUUUGAAAGGAGGGGGGGCGAAGUCGACUGGUGUGAAUAGCCCCGAAGGUCGACCUCUUAACGGGAACAAUGCCUUGAGUUUCGCAGGAGCGGUCCAGAAAGCCUGCGAGGCGACCAUUGCGGGGGGGUUCUGGUCGGGACUGCCGCUGAGCGGGAGCGCCAAUCCCGCGCAGUCCGCUGAGAAGCUGACACGUGGCUUGGUUAACGACGGGGGUUUGCAUAACCUGGGGCCGCGGUUCAGUGGCGUCAGCGAAGGUUGCGGGCCCGAAAAUGCAGCGGGGGAGUGGAAAAAGCUGGACAAGGACGAGGAGGGUUUCGUUACGCGUCCGGUGGACGGCGCCGGUGAAGGGUGGAUUGAUGGGUUGCCGCACGACUCAAGACUGCCAAAUGAACGGACUCGAUUCGACGGACCACCGGAAACGGAAAGUGAGGCAACGGGUUGCAGAGCGGCUGGGGUUCAUACGGACAGAGAAGGGAAUGGCGGACGGAGUCACGUUCCGGAGAGGAGUUACGGAAUGCCGACAGCGCGAACGCAAACGAGCGGAGGAGAGCUUUGGCCGGGGGCAACCGUUGAGCCAUCCCUGAGCGAGGGGAGUUUGCGGUUGCCGUUGCGUGAUGACGUCAUGCCGGCGUCGGAAAACAAGGUCACGGACGAGGCGGUGUGGGAACGCGUCGUGGACGGAAACGGAGUUCCGGUUCCGAAGGCGGAGGCAGUUGCGGCGCUGCGAGCCCAGCGGAAACGGUUCUUGCAGCGGGACGUGACCGCGCAGGCUUUGGCCGAGUUGAAGCUCAGCCCCUACGCGCCACGUGUCAGAGAGGGGUUCUGCCAGCUGGCACGAAUCAUGGUCCGGGGAGGUGACGCAGUGCAAGGGGUUCCAGCCAAGGCAAAGAAGCCGGUGCGUGUCUGGAAAGAAGUGUCAAAGAAACUUUUCCGAGGGUCUCGGCCGGUCGGGGGGAGCCCAGUCACGUGGCUGCCGAUGCCGAUCGGGAAGUUGGACGAAACGCAUCGGGCGGUGCUGCGAAGAGCGGUGAUCAAGCUCGCGGGCGGGGACGGCCAGGAUGAGGGGCUUGGAGGACAUGUGGCAGCCGGAGAGGGGGCGCAGGGCGGUGCUGACGUCAGCCCGUUGGGCAGGAAGGCGAAGAAGAAACGGAGGUUGGAGUUGAGGAACCUGGGAGAAAGCGGUGGUGUGAACGGGGACGCUCGUGGGUCAGGGGGGCAGACUGGCGUCAACGAAUCGUUACUGCCCACGUGGCAGUCGCAGAUUGGAAUGGAAGGGCCUACGGCAAGUAGGGGCGGGAUGGGGGGCAGCGGUUUCGGUGUGAAGGGGCACGGACAACCAGCGGGGCGGCUGAAUGAGUUAGUGGAGAGACACCAUUGGAUGAGCGGAGCCGGAAAUGCGAGCAUCGUGGAUCAAAGUAUGUUCACUGGGCGGUCUGCGGUUGAGGGCGGUGUGAAUGGGGACGGCGUGACUGGCAGGACUGCGCAGUGGGGCGAUGGACAUGCGGGCGAAGCAGCGGGGGGGUUUGUCAACGGGGCCAGUCGCCAUUGGGGCGGGACUGGUGUGAAUGGGGCCAUCGAGCAUUAUCAGGGUCGGACAAACGAGGGCGGUGUGAAUGGGGGCGAAGUUGCCAACUGCCAUAGAGAAAUGGGGCACGACAGGCUGCCUUUGCAAGGCGGGAACGGGCACGUCCACAACUCGUGGGGGGGCUCGUUUGGGUGGCAGGGGACUGUGGGUUUCCCCCCCGGGUUUGGAGGUAGUCAUGGCGAACCACACACUCAGUAUGCGCAUCCCCAGAGCUACUCUAGAAGCGGUCGACCGGAGAGCCCGUUUGUGUUUUCAGCAACCCGAACGAGCGAUGCCGAUGUGGCUACAGCGAUAGGAGUCAACCAAGGAAGAUCGAUCGGCGGUUCGUCAGCUGCUUAUGCACAAACGACGGGGUCUGAUUUUGCAGCCCGUAACUAUGCCAAUGGGUUUGGUGGGCGAGGGGGGACUGUGGCAAGUGGGGCAAGUCCUCGGAGAGCGGGGCGUGAGCGGGGGAAUAGCCGGGGGGGCUAUGCGGGCCAGCUCCCGACGUUUCGAGGCCGGUCGGUUGUGAAUGUUGGGCAGCAUGUUGUGGGCGAUGCGUUGCGAUACUAAACUGAAUACCUGAGUGAUGCUAGCGCAGAUGGGCACGGACCUUUCACUGCCUAACCAUUUUCAA